CCCUCCGAUCGUUCGGUGUUCUCGGAGCGCUGCAAGCACGCGGCGCCGAGGAGCCCCCGGGCCGGGGUGGGCGCCUCCCGCUCCAGGCGGGAGCGUUUCCCCGCGGGGAGGUCCCCGAGGGCAGAGCCCGGCGCCGAGGCGGGGCCGGGGCCGCCCUCCCGUAGCGGCGGCGGGAUGCGGCUGCCGGAGCUGUGCCUGGCGCUCCUCUACGCCGCCGGCACCGGCACCGAGCGGCCGCUGGCCCCGGGACAUGGAGAGCCCGGGGCGGCCCGCGUGGAUCCCCGGCAGGCGUGGAUGCUGCUGGCCGGGAGCCCCGGGAGGGGCGGCGGCCAUCGGGGCCGCGGCGGCUCCGGGGCUCACACGGCCCCGGCGGGCCCCGGCUCUCCGGCAAAAACAACCUCGGCUGCCCCGCAGGUCGGCGGGACCGGGGCUGGCCCGGCCUCUCCCGCCGUGCCGGAGGAGCUGCUGAGGGAGCUGCGGCUCCUGCUCAGAGGCACGGCAAAGAUGCGCAGGCCAGCCGGGGAAGGGUGUCAGGAGGAGGAAAGCGGCAAAGGCAGCCCCCAGCGCCGUGUGGAAGCAGCCUUCCAUUGCCAAACGCGCGAAGACAUCGCUGUGGAGCAGAAGACGUGGCGGGAGCUGGGGCUGUUCUACAUUCCUGAGAGGGAGGGGAUGUUCCACCGCGGCCCGGGGCUGAACCUGACCAGCGGGCAGUACACGGCCCCCCUUGCGGGAUACUACACCUUCAGCACCACGCUGCACAUCGCGCGCAGGGAGCCGCGGAGAAAGAGGCAGGGAUGCCGAGGGAGCCGCCUGCGGGUGCUGAUCUGUGUGCACUCCUGCUGCCAGCACUACAGCCAUCUGGAGAGCAUAUCCUGGCUGGAGAGCAGCGGGGACCUUUUCACCAUCUCUGUCACAGGCACCCUGUACCUGCAGUGCUGUUCUGCUGGGAGUGUGAAGAGGCUGAACCAUGCUGAACCUGCGUCAGGAGCAGCCAGACCCUUCCCUCUGCCAGCCACCAUUGUGUCGCCCCUGCUCAGCACCAAGCCUAAGGAAGACCAUUUGCUCAAGCAGGAAUCUGCAGUCUGGUCUGACACUGCUCAUGCUGCAGAACCAGCUGAAGAUGGACAAAAGAUCAUGAAGGAGAUGAUGAUGAUAAUAGUAAUAAAGCAGCCUGAGCAGCACCUAAAGGCAUUCACUUUUAUCUAAAGGCUAGGCCUAGAAGUUUAUCUUGGAAAACACUGCUGACAGUGGCAGCAGAUGGCUGCCUAGGGCUCAGCUCCCACCGUGCCUGGUACAAAGCCUCUCACAUCCAUUUUUGCCCUCAGUGGACUUCCCUUCCCUGCCCAGACUUAGUCUCAGCAGCCCAGGCCAGAUUAUGUACUGCUUCAGCUGCCUGCAGUGUGUGAGCAGAGGCUUUGCUGCCAGGAGCCAACCUCCUUCGCACUAAUCAUCAAAGCAAAGUCCCAACACCGCCGCACGUUGGAUUAAAGCAAAUUCCUGCCCUGUGGCUUUCCAGAGCAGGCACUCCCUGCCUGUGGCCCAGGGCCUGGCUGUGGGCAGCCCUGAUAGAGCCCAGCUCUUUGCUGUGGCUGCGAUAGCUGCCUGAGCUCAGGGGGCACAG